AUGGGUAACAAGUGCUGCAGCCGCCGACAUGACCCCGACCGACCACUUGUGUACCCGGCAUACAAGAAAAAUGAAGCCGGCUUCACGACGUGCCCGUCGCUGGAGAACCGAUACACAGGGGAGCCCAACAAUCGCGUCGUGUCGCGUCGCCCCGCUGACAUCGUCCGCACACGCAAUCCAGGCACAUGUAUUACGAAUGGCGGUAGACGCGUGGUCAAAGCGCUAUGCGCUUACACAGCACGCGCGGAGUCGGACAUCUCGUUCCGCAAGGGCGACCGUAUGGAAGUACUGAGCGACGCGGAGCCGGAUUGGUGGCGAGUCCUCCACAUCACCACCAGGCGAGAGGGACUUGUACCCGCCAACUUCGUGGCCGAAGAGAGCUCAGUGGAAUGCGAAGAUUGGUUUUUCCCCCACGUGUCCCGUAAGGAAGCGGACAAAUUAUUACUAGCGGAGAUCAAUCCACGAGGCACAUUCCUUGUGCGCCCGGCAGAACACAACCCUCACGGGUUCAGCCUCAGCGUCAAAGACUGGGAGGAGGGACGAGGCUAUCAUGUGAAGCACUACAAGAUCAAGCCCCUCGACAACGGGGGCUUCUAUAUAGCGACCAAUCAGACGUUCCCAAGCCUGCCGGCCUUGGUUAUGUCGUACACAAAGAACGCAUUAGGUCUUUGUCACGUGCUAGCGAGGCCCUGCCCAAAGCCCGAGCCCCAGAUGUGGGACCUUGGGCCCGAGCUGAGGGAUAAGUGGGAGAUACCGAGGAGUCAGAUCCAGCUCAUCAAGAAACUGGGACAGGGCAACUUCGGAGAGGUGUAUUACGGCAAAUGGUGCAACAGCAUUGAGGUUGCCGUAAAAACGCUGCGAGAGGGCACGAUGUCAACUCAGGCAUUCCUCCAGGAAGCAGCCAUUAUGAAGAAGUUCAGACAUAAGCGGCUCGUCGCAUUGUAUGCCGUGUGUUCCCAUCAGGAGCCCGUCUACAUAGUGCAGGAGUACAUGUGCAAAGGCUCCCUUUUGGAGUUCCUCAGGAAUGGAGAAGGAAAAUCUCUACAAUUCGAAGAUUUAGUGUAUAUCGCUGCUCAAGUAGCGUCAGGAAUGGCCUACCUUGAAUCAAAACUGUUAAUACACAGGGACUUAGCCGCUAGAAACGUAUUAAUAGGGGACAAUAACGUAGCAAAGAUUUGCGACUUUGGAUUGGCCAGAGUGAUAGAAGACAACGAAUACUGCCCCAAACAAGGUUCGCGGUUCCCGGUUAAAUGGACCGCGCCUGAGGCGAUCAUAUAUGGAAGGUUCUCCAUUAAAAGCGACGUCUGGUCGUAUGGCAUCCUACUCAUGGAAUUAUUCACAUAUGGCCAGAUACCAUAUCCAGGGUUGCACGGCAAGGAAGUCAUAGAACAAGUAGAGAGGGGCUAUAGAAUGCCGAAGCCAGUAGGGCAUUACUUACCUGACGCUAUCUACGCACUAAUGCUGCAGUGCUGGGAUGCAAUACCAGAAAAACGACCAACGUUCGAGUUCCUCAACCAUUAUUUCGAAUCAUUCACAGUGACCAGUGAGACGCCAUACAGAGAAGUGCAAGACUAG